UUAAUGGCUGUAAUUAUCUUAAUUGGCUCUGCUGUGGGGGACACCCCAAAACGCCGAGCUCCUGGGAGUUGGGAGGGGGGACACAAAGUUCCCCCCGGGUGAGAGACACCCAGGCUCACCCCACGUUCCCAGGAGCCGGCAUGGGGGGGACACCCAAGCUCACCCCAGGUGCUCGGGGGUUGGAUUGAGGUCACCCAAGCUCAUCCGAGGUUCCCGGGGGUCGGACUGGGGUCACUCAGGCUAACCCCGCAUUCCCCAGAGCCAGGAAGGCGGACCCCAAUGCUUACCCCGUGUUCCCAGUAGCCACAAUGGGGAAACCCCAGGCUCACUCCAAUAGUUCUGAGAUUUGGUGUGUGGGGACACCCAGACUCACCCCAUGUUCCUGGGAGCCAGGGCAGGGGGACCCUAAGGCUCAUCCCAGGUUCCCAGGGCCUGGAAUGGGGGGGGACACAUGCUUAUCCCACAUUCCUGGAAUCAGGGAUGGACACCCAGGCUCACCCCAGGAUCCCGGGAUUUGGAGCAGGGGGACACUGAGGCUUACCCUGUGUUCCUGGGGUGGGAGUGGGGGGACACCCAGGCUCACCCCACAUCCCCAGCAUCCAGGAAAGGGGGCACACCCAGGCUCACCCUGCUCUCUCUCUGCUCCCGCAGCCGUGGGGAAAUCGACUUUCCUGAAGCUGCUGGGUGCCACCUUCCCGCGAUGGCACCUGGUGACAGAGCCCGUGGCACAGUGGCGCAAGGUGCCAGCCACUGGCACUGCCCAGGCAUCUGUGGGCUCUGCCAACCUGCUGCAGAUGAUGUACCAGGAGCCAGCCCGCUGGUCCUACACCUUCCAGACCUUCUCCUGCAUCAGCCGCCUGAAGGCGAUGCUGGAGCCGCCGGACGAGGGGCCCCCCGAGCCCCUCCACCCCGUGAGGGUCUUUGAGCGCUCUGUGUUCAGUGACAGGUACGUCUUUGCCAAGAACCUCUUUGAGGCUGGGCACCUGCAGCCCCUGGAAUGGGCCAUUUACCAGGACUGGCACGACUUCCUGCUGCGGCACCUGGGGCCCCGCACCGUCCCCCACGGCUUCCUGUACCUGCAGGCCAGGCCCCAGACGUGCCUGGAGCGGCUGCGGCGGCGGGCGAGGCAGGAGGAGGGCGGGAUCCAGCUCGGGUACCUGCAGCAGCUCCACGCCCAGCACGAGCAAUGGCUGGUGGACAGGACCACGCAGAUCCACUUUGCGGAGGCGCGGCGCGCGCCCGUCCUGGUGCUGGACGUGGACAAGGACUUCGAGCACGACGUGGCCAUGCAGGGCGUCCUCAUGGCACAGGUGGAGGGCUUCGUGACAUCGCUGAGUGCUGACACUUUGCCGUCACAUCCCGACCCUGUUGGAGCGGGGGAAGGGGCAGCGUCUGCCUGAAGAUCCAAAUCCAAGGACAAGGGACACGUACUGGUCCCCAACUGCCUCCUCAGCCCCUGUGCUGGGCCAGGGGUGGGUUUGAGGCGGAUCCUCAGAGCGGUGUGAGGAGUUUUGGGGGGCUCCCCGUGCUCAGGGGACCAGGUCCUUGCUGUCACCCCCUCCCCAUCUUUAGGGAUCCCCAGCUAGGAAGGGUCCCUGAGGUGGAUUUCAUGCACUGCUUGAAUUCCCAUGGGAAAUCCCGGUGUUUAGGGGACACCCAACCCCCGUAUUUAGUUAUUUUGUAUCUCUUUUUUUCCCCUUAAAUCAAUAUCAAGUCUCUGAGGAGCUGCUCCGUGUCUCGAAUCAGGGCUGUGGAGGGUCGGGGCGGCUCUAGGGGGGACAUGAGGGGACAGU